AUGCAAUGUCGGCCAGGCGUAUUAAAUCCGAAAUUCAUGUGGGAGUUGGGCGAAGCAGUAACUGAUGCUUGUGAAAAUGGGCCAGCUUCUUAUUUCACGCCAUCCUAUUCCACUUGCACUCCAGCAGAGGUCGGGACAAUGAAGAUUAAGUUGCCACUUUGUGUCGCUGGUCCAAUGCAAGUUUUGAGGAUGCGCGUGGCCGAGGAAAUAUCUAGGCAUGAGAUUACAUUUAUUGAACAAAUUGAAGAUGCUGAUUUUGAGUUAAAUGAACAACUCAUCGCGGAUAUUCAAUGGGUAGUAAUUGAAUAAGGUCGCUUCCAAACGGGAAAUGACGUAACCAAAAGAACGUACAUUUUGGAAGCUAAUAGCAGGCAUCCGUAUCCAAUUUACACAAUUCUUACCGCAGUCACUUCCGUACUUGCUACUUUCAUGUGUCGAUUGCCUAAAGAAGGCCAUGGAGAGGAGAUGGGAAACCAUGAAGGUGGUCCGAGGUCCAUGGAAGCAGUCGAUGAAACUAUCAGAAAAUAUGAGCAUUGUUUGAAAAUGAUCCUUUUCACUAAUAAUAUCGACCUAUUUAAUGUUACUAAGAGGCCAGCAAUUCCCCAGUUAGUUCUAUGGAACCCCGCCCUUAACCAAUACUUAGACCAAAUCAGGAAAUAUGAAAAAACGCAUGAACGAAUGGAAAUAAUGCGAAAAUUGGCCAACCGAGAUGGCGAUUCCAAUGUAUGA